AUGGCCACCGCAACCAUCGCCUCCACGGACAUGGGGCUUUUGCUGAGAGAUGAUCUUUUUGUCGACUUUUUCAACACAUUUCUGAACCUUCCCGUUUUUGGCCAGACACCCAUUUACAUCAGCAGCGUGGGCCGAUGGGACCUCUGGCCAGAGCUGCCCAGCCACCUGGAUCCCAGCCCCCCGGCUUUACUGGCUUGGCUGGAAAAGCACCGCCUGCCUCACUUCUGCAAAUCCAGCCUGUGCCUCCACCUCGUCCUCUGCCAGAAGCUCCUGGGUUUCAUUCGGUCGGGGGAAGCAGCAAAACUGCUGAACUGGCACAGCGCUGACCGGUGGCUGCUGGAGAAGUGCAUCAGCGGGAGCCAGGGCAUGUGGCACUUUCGGGCCUUCAUCCAAGGAAUGGCAGGGGAAGAACUGAUCAACUUCUGGCUCACCACCGAAAGGCUCCUGGGGCUUGACGAGUCAGACGUGAGGCAGAGGGACCUCUACCUGUCCUUGCUCCACAGGCUGGAAGCCACUCACCUGCGUGAAGGCUCCAGCGUCGUCACUCUCUGCAGGAGCAUCGUUGGAUCACUGCCGAAAGCCAGGCACAUUCAACCCGUCAGCACCAGGAGGGAGAUCCUAAGCAAGAUGCAGGAACAGGCCCUCUUUAUGAUUCAGAGUUACUGGCUCCCUAAAUUCUUCAUCCACUGCAAGAAGGGCAUGGAGGAUGAGAAAUCGUGCUGGCCUCUGCUGCAGGAAUAUCGGGAGCGUCUAUUGCGGGCCAGCUGGCGGGAGCCCUCAAGCUUUACAGAGAACGUCUUCACGAUGCAUAUCAAAAGGAGCCGGGCUUUCUCGGGGCCCUACUGCAGCAAGAAGGCCAAAGCGGAGAUCUGGACUCUGGUCAAGCAGGAAGGAGACACCCAAGAAAUGAAGAUGCCCAUUUUUCAGGUGCAACCAGAAAGGCAGUCAGGGCCAGGUGGGAGCACAAAGGAAUCACGUCUGGAUAAGGAUGCUUUGGGACCAGUUCCUCAGCUAUCAGAGCAUACUGCAAACGCUGCCUUUAGAGGCAAAGGAAGAGGAACCUCUCCCAAAAGACCUAGACCCAACGCAGAAGACAUCCGUGAAGAGAAAGUCCUCUCUAACCUGCAUUCCUCCACACCCCUUGUCCAGCUGCCAUCCCUGAAAAUGCCGGUCAAGACCUUGAGUUUCCUUCCCUGGGCCCUUAGUGCUGAAAGCUGCGCGGGACGGCCCUUCAGGGACUUCUUGAAGCGCCAGGACCGGUCCAUGGAGACUCUUCUCCUGGAUCUCUGGCAUGACCUGGAGGAAUUUCUGCCUGUGGUGCUGGACCCCAACAGAGAAAACAGUUUCUGCCUGCGUCAUUUGAUCGGGGAGAAGAUAUGCAAGACCUACCUGGAGGAGGGCACCAUUCAGCAACUUCCCCUGGAGACCAGGACUCUCAGGAGCUUGCGGGACCAUCUGGUGUCUGGAGAAUUUUCCCCCCGCAUAUUCAGAGCCCAGAAGGAGAUUUGCAAGUGUCCGCGGAGCGAUGUCCCGAUGCCCGAGAUGCAAGGCCAGGCUGUUGGGAAAGAUGAACGUUUCCUCCUGUCCCAGCGGAUAAACACAUCCUUGAAGCUGAGCCAGGCCUUGCACGGCACGAGGAAUUUUGAAGGUCUCUCCUCUGAGCACUGGCGAUUAAUUGCCGCUCGGGACCUCCGGAAAGGGGACUCCAUCCAGGCAGAGGUGGAACCUCUCCUGUGCAGGACUGAUGCAGACUCCCAGAAGAUGAUAUCCAAUGAGCUGGCUGUGGAUAGCCCAAACAAGGAAAAUGAGCUUCCGCGUCCCAGAAGUCCGUCACUUGCCGCCGAACACAAGAGCACAAAGAAGGCGGCUCUUUCUGCGAGAAAAAACAGAUCGAGCAAGACGAAGUCCAUCACUGUUGGAGUAGAGAAACCAUCUAGAAGACCCAGGCACUUCGUGAAAGUACUGCACAACCCUGCCCACCUGCAGUUCUUCAAGCAGUUCCUCGAGGAGCGCAACGCAGAUGAACCACUGCGUUUCUGGAUGGCUGUGGAGAAGCUAGCCUCAGAGACCAAUCCCAAAACAAAGAGCUCCCUCAUUAACAGCAUUGUCAGAAAUUAUUUCCAUGCUGAAAUCCCAGCUGAGGAGCAGCUGGAUUGCCACAGUUCAAUCAUCAAAGAAAUAAGUGAUACCAAAGUAGUCAGCCCCUUCAUGUUGACGACAGCACAAGUCUUUGUCCAGAAGGCAAUGGAAAAACGAUGGUUUAAAGAGUACCAGGAACUGUUCCCGCCGAGCGAUACGCCUAGGUCUAACCUUCGUUUGCAGCACAGGACAGGGAACUUCAUGACAGACAAGCUGCGAUGGGCCUGGUAUGCCAUUCACGACAUCGUCAAGAGCAUCUCUAAGUUCCAGAGGGAGAUGGACAAUGACAAACACCGUGUGGAGUUUGAGGACUUUCUCCGGCGGGAACUAGGAAAUGAGGAGGAAAACUUGCCGAUCAGAUCCAUGCAGAGCAGUGGCACCGUCAGCACUUCCCGCCCCCUCACGGCCCCUGCCAGCACCCCACCGGACAAGGAGGUGGUACUCGUGAAACGCCACCUGUUUGACGACCAGCUCAUUACCAUCAACUUCCUCGUCAACGACCUCCGCUUUUAUCUGGAGAUCAACAAGUUUUCCAGGCUGGCUGAUUCAGCUGAAGCUCUGGCAGCCCACAACAUGCAGUCGGAAAAGGAAGUUGCCUUUCUCAAAAGGAAAGUUGCCAUCAUCAGCAAACUCUUCCUGAACUCCGACAUUCCUCCCAAAUUGCGGGUAAACAUCUCUGAAGAAGAGAGAGAUUUAAUUUGGAGUUUAUCUUCCAAGGGGCUACUGAAUCGUCUCCUCUACCACAGGGCCAAGGUCAUGAUCUUCCCCAUCCUGAUGUACUUCUGGAGAAGGUUCUGCACCUGGAAGGUGAUGAGGAGCUUUCGGGUCUCUGUGAAGGAGAGGGUGCCUGUCUCUUCAUCCAGUACAAAACGCUCCGAAUCAUCUGACAUCUACAGUCCAACUAGCAACAAUCCAGAAGUGUCAUGUUACAGAGGAGCUACCUGCUGUGUUAUCUGGGACAAAGACACAUGUUUGCCAAGGUCUUCAGGAAACCGAUGGGGAGAGAGAGAUGUUCAAUCAGUGCAAACUGGUGCAAGGAUCGGGAGCAUCCCACCCUGCCUAAGCGGCACAGCCCAUAUUUAACUACACAGAGCACUCAUAUACUGCUCUGAAGAGACAGCUGGGGAUGCAUAGAAAAAGAAUGCGAUCUUUCUCAUGUGGACAUUAAUCCUGCAGUGAAUGUCCCCCGGACAACUGUCCCCAAGCCACAGCUCCUUAUAGCAGCUCGCAGGGAGGAAUAACCAGAGCCACGCAAGAUAAAACCCCUCAGCUCGGGUGGUGUGUCAUGGGAGGAGAUGUGCCACCUCUCAGGUCUCUCAGACUGCCCUAGCCUGCGUUCAGACGCCGCCAGGCCUUGGUAGGGCAGAGCGGUACCCGGGGGGUGCAGCGCAGGCUGCCUUCUGCUCCCCAUCGCCUUCCAACCAAAGGAGGAGGUUGGAGCAAACCAAACCAGCGCGCAACCCAAAAAUAGCUGCUGUUUCUGACUGCACUAAAUGCC